AUGGACUUUGGAGACGGCGAGAGACCAUACAAAAAAAGGCGAUUUUUCGUUGACGAAGACGAGACCAGAGCCACCGAUUCUACCCCAAGGAACCUCGACGCGUCUAGCGCUUCUCGACCGGAAGAGCACGAUAAUGACAAUGGCCAGAAGAAUGGGACACGGCAAAGGUCAUUCGACCAGUCUGACCAGGAGCUGAAAGUGUCCCGGCUACCAUCUUCCCCUAUCACGCCUGCCGAACACCAGGACGAGACCUUGCAACGGCAUACGAACGGAGCAGUACGCAGACGAAAUCCCAGUCCGGUUGAUAGAAUCGUCGAAGAGUUCAUUGAUGGCAAAAAUGGGGAGCCCAUUUCACCGCCGGACGAGCCAGAUCAAGAAGCAGAGAGUACAACACCACAGGUAGAUAAUGGUGGAUUCGAUACGGAACUAUUCACAAGCAUCGUUGGGGAACAACUUCCAUCAGGUACCGUCGACAAGAUUCGCACUGCUUCGAACAACAAUGUGGAAACGGCAGUCAAUAUCUACUUUGAUGGAUCGUGGAAGAAGAUGUCUAGACCGAGCCGGACGACACAGUCAGCAUUGACGUCUCGUCAACGAAUCCCUACACAGACGACACCAUUUAUGCGGCCUAUGGUAGGGACGACUAACGGUAGUAGAACGACUGCGUCAAAAGAAAAAAUUCCAGCAUAUCUCUCAACUCAGCCCUCGUCAAGAUAUAUUGGUGCUUUUGGUGUCGCAGCAUGGGCUACUCGAAGUGGUACGGGAUUACUCAAGCACGGAGAGCGUGUCAGGAUUGAGCGUACACGGUCCCAGCCUCUGGAGAAGCGCGGACGUGGUGGAAAAAUAAUCACCAAUCAGAAGGUGGAUGUCCUUACCCGUUUCACCAACCAAGCAGGCCAGGAGAUUGGAAGAUUGCCGCGAGACACCGCAGAGUGGGUAUCACCAUUAGUUGACCAAAAAAUCUGCACUUUCGACGGUAUCUGUGUGUUUGUCCCCGAUCGCCUGCGGGUGAACGACACGGUGUAUCUGCAGUUAUGGUGCUAUUUGCGGAAAGAAGCAUUUAUGCCUCGGACUUUUGUUGGCACAGCCGACGACAACAGAUCCACCGGCGUGUUCGAAGAAAAAGAGAGCAUGGAAGAAAAGAACCUGCGCCUGCGUCAAGUUGGCCUUGUGAAGCUCUUUGAUGAAAUAGGCCUAUAUGCGACGACUACCAACGACAUGACGAAGAAACACAAGAAGGAAGGCUUGCUUCGUGCGGCCGAAAUGUCAGAACAGUAUGACAAGACCAAAAAGGAAAACAAGACAAAUAAUAGCUCCCAGGAUGAGAACAACGAAGAGCCAGAGCUGGAGAAAGACCAGCUCGAUGCCCUUUACAAGAAAGCCCAGACUUUCGAUUUCAAUAUGCCCGAGGCUCAACCCUCAUCAACCUUCGCAAUGAAGCUCCGGAAGUAUCAGAGGCAAGCACUUCAUUGGAUGCUGUCCAAAGAGAAGGACAACAAAUCUGAAAGCACGAGAAAAUCAAUGCAUCCCCUUUGGGAACAGUAUAAGUGGCCCACAAAGGAUGCUGAUGACAAGGAUCUUCCAGUUGUCGAAGGGAUAGAUUACUUCUAUGUCAACCCGUACUCCGGGGAACUCAGUACCGAGUUCCCUGCCCAAGAGCAGAACUGCCUUGGUGGCAUAUUGGCCGACGAAAUGGGUCUCGGUAAAACUAUUGAAAUGCUUAGUCUUGUUAACGCACAUAAAUACGAUCCCGGGGACCUUUAUCUCAGAGAUCCCAGUAUGACACAACCGGAUUCCUCUGGUGUUGUCCCCGCGCCGUACACUACUCUUGUCGUCGCACCCACAUCUCUUCUUGCGCAAUGGGAAAGCGAGGCUCAAAAGUCGGCCCAGCCCGGGACGAUGAACACCAUGGUAUACUAUGGGACUGAACAAUCAACUAAUCUGAGAAAGCUUUGUUGCGCGAAAAACGCCGCUUCAGCUCCUCACAUCAUUGUAACUAGCUAUGGAGUUGUUCUCUCCGAGUAUAGUUCGCAUGUGUUGCGCCCAGGGUGGCAGACGGAGAGUUGGUAUGGUUCGUUAUUCACAGUGAAGUUCCACCGGGUCAUCCUUGACGAAGCGCAUGUGAUUAAGAAUCGCCGUUCGAAGACUGCGCUAGCUUGUUACGAUUUGAACGCGACUCAUAGAUGGGUUCUCACAGGGACUCCUAUCGUGAACCGCCUGGAGGACCUGUUUAGUUUGGUGCGAUUCCUCAAGGUUGAGCCGUGGAAUAACUUUUCUUUCUGGAAGACUUUCAUCACAGUGCCAUUCGAAUCCAAAGACUACGCACGCGCGCUCAAUGUCGUGCAGACCGUGCUGGAGCCGCUUGUCCUCCGGCGUACGAAGACGAUGAAGACCCCAGAAGGGGAACCAUUGGUGCCGCUACCACGCCGGACGAUCAUAAUCGAGGAAGUCGACCUCUCUGAGGAGGAAAGAGAGGUGUACGACUUCAUUUACACGCGAGCUAAGCGUACAUUCAACGACAACGUCGAAGCGGGUACCCUGUUGAAGUCUUAUUCAACUAUCUUCGCACAAAUUCUCCGCCUUCGUCAAAGUUGUUGUCAUCCUGUCCUCACCCGCAACAAAGCAAUCGUUGCCGACGAGGAAGAAGCAGCUACUAUAGCUAACGCAUCCAACGGACUUCAGGAUGACAUGGACCUGCAAGACCUGAUCGACCGCUUUACCACUGCUGCGGGAGGAACAAAUGAAGGACAAGGCCAAGAUCCUGCGAACAAGUUCACAACAUACGCCCUGAAACAGAUACAGAACGAGUCUAGUGGUGAAUGUCCGAUCUGCUCAGAAGAACCCAUGAUCGACCCGGCGGUAACAGCAUGCUGGCACAGCGCUUGCAAGCAGUGUCUGGAGGACUACAUUCGGCAUCAAACCGACAAGGGCCAACCUCCGCGAUGCUUCUCGUGCCGCGCACCAGUCAGCUCGACGGAUAUCUUCGAAGUGAUUAAGCACCAGUCACCUAACUCGACACCCGCGGAGAAUGAAAUCUACAGCAACACGCCUCCUUCCAGCUCGCAGCCAGCGUCGCGCAUCUCUCUUCGACGAAUAAACCCACUCUCACCAUCUGCACAUACCUCUGCCAAAAUCCACUCUCUCCUCAACCAUCUCUCCCGGGUACCACCGAACACGAAAUCUGUAGUCUUCUCCCAGUUCACCAGCUUCCUCGACCUCAUCUCCCCUCAACUUACAAGAGCGGGUAUCCAGCACGUCCGUCUCGACGGGACAAUGCCUCAAAAGGCCCGUGCAGAAGUCCUAGCCCAGUUCAACAAAACCGAAACCUACGAGGAUAUUGAUGAGGAUCCCACAUCUACACCUUUCCUAACCACCCAUUCCAACUUAAAACCGCAGACCAGCCAGUCCCCUAAUCCCACCGUUCUGUUGAUCUCCCUUCGCGCCGGUGGCGUGGGCCUCAACCUGACAGCCGCGAGCAACGUCUUCAUGAUGGAUCCUUGGUGGAGUUUCGCGAUCGAAGCACAAGCCAUCGACCGUGUGCACCGGAUGGGACAACUACGGGAUGUUACUGUGACGAGGUUCGUGGUGAAAGAUUCGAUCGAGGGACGGAUGUUACGGGUGCAAGACAGGAAGAUGAAUAUUGCGGGAUCGUUGGGGUUGAGGGUUGGUGGAGAUGGAGAUGGGGAUGGCAGGAAGGAGAGGAUUGAGGAGCUGAGGUUGUUGUUCGAGUAG